AUGAUUCUAGAAGAAGCCAUCACAAUUGCUAGAAUUCCGGACUCUGAAAUUGGACAAAAAUCUUUUUUGAUUCAACAGGGAGAGGCGGCUUUGCUUCCCGAGGUCGUGUCCAAGAUUAAGGAUAACGAUAUGGCUCCGUACUAUCACUACUUAUACUAUGAUAUGAAACUAGUGGGAUUGAAAUGGGAUCAGUCACUAUUCGAUUCUCUGAAGGCAAAUAAUGAUGUUCGAGUUAAAGAACUGCAAGAAGAAAUAGCCAAAUUAGACAAGGAGGAUGAAGGAGAGAUUGACAUCUUGAAGAAGUGGAUCGAACUUGCAGAAUAUUACGCCUCUAUUGGGGAUAAGGAAAAGACUGUAAGCACUAUUGAAAAGACUAUUGAACUUGCACCAUCAACGGGUUCAAAGAUCGAUUUAUAUCUCACAGUUUCGAGAAUAGGUUUUUUUUAUGAUGAUAAGAUAUUCACCAAGCACUAUUUGGAUGAGGCAAAUAGUUUGAUUGAGAAGGGUGGUGACUGGGAACGUAGGAACAGAUAUAAGACUUAUAUGGGCAUUUAUUUGAUGUCUACUCGCAAGUUCGACGAGGCUGCCAAGCUUUUGAUCGACUGCUUGUCAACAUUUACCUGUACGGAAUUGGCUAGUUAUGAUGAGGUUGCACAAUACUCCUUAAUAUGUGGUUCUCUUUCACUCACUAGACCUGAUUUGAAGAAGAAGUUGCUGGAAUCUCCAGAGAUUCUUUCUAUCAACUCCAACAGUGAUAAAUUGAAGCCUGUGUAUGAGUUGAUUCAGGCUUUAUAUUUGUGCCAGUACAAGAACUUUUUCCCAAAAUUAUUGCAAACCAGUGACCAGAUAUUAACCAAAAACAAGUAUCUUUACCCACAUGCAAACUAUUACAAGCGCGAGCUGAGGUGUAGAGCAUAUGCACAGCUAUUGGAAAGUUAUAAAUCUAUCUCCUUGAAGUCUAUGGCUGAUUCGUUUGGUGUAUCUGUGGACUUCCUUGACACUGACCUGUGCAAGUUCAUUCCCUCUAAAAAGUUGAGCUGUGUGGUAGAUAGAGUCAAUGGAGUCAUUGAAACCAACAGGGCUGACAAUAAGAAUACUCAGUAUCAUUUGUUGAUCCGUAACGGUGACGCUCUUUUAACCAAGUUGCAAAAAUACGGUGCUGCUGUGAGAUUGAGUGGAGCGGAGAAAGUCUGA